GUAUAGGCAUGUCCGUGGGUGACAUUGCUUUUCCCUGCGUCCUGAUCAAGGUAUUGCUUCCGAGCCAUCCCUCUUUCCCCGAAUCACCACUUUCUGAUUGUUAGAAACAAAGUAGCACCGCCAACGCGCCACCUCAGGAUCGCUCUCGGACUCCUUGAAAGCCUCAACAAUAUGGCGACUGUCAGCCAGAGCAAGCCAAACGAGGAGCCUCCAGCUGGCAUUCAAGGCAAGGGCACUAUUGAUGAGCCCUACGACCAAGGAAACGCCCCUGAGAAUAUCUGGAGUAAAACAGCCCCGACCGCUGGCACUUCAUCACAGCCGAUCAACACGACCGCAAAAACACAAACUCCGUCAUCUCCAGUGGCAGCAGCAGACAAAGCAUCUAGCAAGGAACACAAGGGUGAGAGCCGUGGGCGAGAGAACUUGAAACCCCCUUCUAGACCUCGACAUGAGGAGCGUGAUGUCAGCCCUGGGACAAUGCCUGACGGCAGCCAUGCGACGACCAGUGGGGAUCGCGGUGAGAGUUAUGAGCCAGGGAAGCUGAGCAGGCUGAAGGGUGUCUUCUCCAUGGGAAAGCACUGAACCUGGAAGAUGCCUCCCAGAAAUACUUUGUAGGCCACAAUUUGGUGGGAUUGCAUCUUGCCUGAGGGAACAGUGGCAUCAAGAAGUCUACAAAAUUUGAUGACCGCUGAUGAUGGAUAUAUUCUGGUUUGAAGAGAUGGAUUCUUUCCGCGAGAUUUACUUGUAUGCAAGACAAAAUAUAGUCUUGUGAUUUUCUGCACGCCUACUUUGGCAUCUGGCUACCGACCUGGGGUGUUCCAUGUCAAUACAUUCUUCCAAAGAACGAAGUACCUAGCUAGCUGGAGUGUGCAAGGCUCGCUGCGACCCCUACGGUAUCUAGAUUAAUAACUAGAUACGCAGGAGGUACCUGAAUUGCAAAUUCACUAUGACGUGAUUGCACAAUAGCCACGAUGCAAAAGGAGACUUCUCUGGAUCCAUGUAUAUUCGCCUAACUCUCG